GAGAUAUCACAUUGGGGACUGGACAUACAACCUUUGUUUUAGUUACUGGGUUUAGUUGGCGGUGUGACGAAAGAUACAAUCCUCCUCGUGGUUUUCUGGCCCUUGAAAAAUGGUGCAUGGGAAUGAUGUACUGCAUAAAAAUCACUUCAGAAAGAAAUGGCAGUUUAUGGUAAAAACCUGGUUCAACCAGCCAGCCCGUAAAGAACGUAGACGUCAGGCCAGGAAAGCAAAAGCUCAACGCAUUGCCCCUAGACCGGCCUCAGGACCACUUCGUCCCAUUGUGAAUUGUCCAACUUUCCGAUACAAUAUGAAAGUUAGGGCUGGUCGUGGUUUUACGCUUCAAGAGAUACGCGCUGCUGGUUUAAGUCCAAAGUUCGCCCAAACAAUUGGCAUCUCCGUAGACCACAGAAGACGAAAUGUUUCUGUCGAAGGGUUACAACGGAAUGUCGCUAGACUUAAGGCCUACAAAGCCAGACUUAUACUCUUCCCGUUGAAUCCAGCCAAGCCUCAAGCUAUGGAAGCAAAGGUUAGUCUCCUUUUUUUUGUUAUUCUGGGCAUGUCAUGAGUUGUCAUUAUGGUGUAUACAGGACACAUUAAUUUGGUUGCUUGUUUCAGGGCAUUUACGAGUCUGGAAGAUUACGACUAAAAAGUUUGGGAUUAAACCAUAAUCUCGGAAAAUUGUCUGAAGCAUUAAUGCUCAGCUGCCUGCCUACUUAUAGAUAUCAUGGUAGGAAAACUUGUCAGUUACAUUGAGUACUGCAGUCGUUUGGUGCACGUAUUUUGCUCGACAUGAGACGUGGUACAACUGCUUGAUCACGAAAUUUAGGGUACUAAGAGUGACUCAAGUAUUGCAUGACGAAAUAAAGGCUGACGAUGUCAAGAAGGCCACCCAACUUCGACGCCCUAUAUUCCCGAUCACUCAAAGAGCUAAACACUUGAAGGCCCAUGAACCAACUCCAUCUGAACUUAAAUACCGGGCUUUCCAUGCCAUACGUCAACAUAGAGCUAAUGCUCGUCUAUACGGAAAACGCUUGAAGGCUCGUCAAUCUGCUGCUGCAGAAUAAUCAUUUGCAAAUAGAUUUUUCUCUGGGUC